ACGUCGUGUCGGUUUCGUUCCUUGCGUGGAUCGUCCCGAGCACGUCGGUAAGAUCCCGUUACAUUGGCCGUGCCGGGAGUGGAACUCUGUGCGCGUACAUCGUGUGUGUGUGUGUUUUCGCGCGCUGGCCGUGCCAUAUCUUCAGUGCGUGUGAGUGCGCCAAAGAACGAGACGCCAUGCUUCCGGGUGCGCUUUCCUCCGGCUGCACACGUGCAAGGUUGUGCUGGUGACGUCGCUGGUGUGGUUCUGCGUGGCAGCCCUGUUGCUCAUGUACUACACCGAGUGCAUAGGCUCCGGCUGCCUGGCCAAGUCCAGCUCGGCGGUCGAGCGGCUGCCGUCCGCCAGCAGGUCGCUGCAAUCGCCACGGGGCGAGUUUCGCAGCUGGAUGCCCGUCGAGCUUGGCGAGAACCCAUCUGACUGGCCCGGGGAACGUGGCCGUGGUGUUGAAAUUGGCCCCGAGGAAGAGGCCCUCAAGAAAGAGAAGUUCAAGCUAAACCAGUUCAACCUCUUGGCGAGUGACCGCAUUGCCCUCAACCGGUCUUUGCCCGACGUGAGACUGGAGAAGUGCAAAGAUAAGGUUUACCCGGAAAAGCUUCCCACAACAUCUGUCGUGAUUGUGUUCCACAACGAAGCCUGGUCCACCCUGCUGCGAACAGUGCACAGUGUCAUACGGACGUCACCACGGGCUCUGCUGGAAGAGAUAAUCCUUGUGGAUGAUGCCAGUGAAAGGGAACAUCUGGGAAAGAAGCUUGAAGACUAUGUUGUCAAGCUCGAAGUGCCUGUCAAGGUCAUGCGGACGGGAAAGCGCUCAGGCCUUAUACGUGCCAGACUCCUGGGAGCGGCAGCAGUUAAAGGCCAAGUCAUCACUUUCCUGGACGCCCACUGCGAGUGCACACAGCAUUGGCUGGAACCACUGCUGGCACGCAUUGCCGAGGACAGGACUCGAGUCGUGUGCCCCGUGAUUGACGUGAUCAGCGAUGAAACAUUUGAGUACAUCUCCGCUUCAGACAUGACCUGGGGUGGCUUCAACUGGAAGCUCAACUUUCGUUGGUACCGUGUGCCACAGCGAGAGGUUGAACGAAGAGGCGGAGAUCGCACACUACCCAUCAGGACACCUACCAUGGCAGGAGGCCUUUUUUCAAUCGACAAGGACUACUUCAAUGAGCUGGGAAAGUACGAUGAAGGCAUGGACAUUUGGGGAGGCGAGAACCUCGAACUUUCGUUUAGGAUAUGGAUGUGCGGUGGAGAGCUGGAAAUAGUGCCAUGCUCACACGUGGGCCACGUCUUCAGAAAGUCAACACCGUACUCGUUUCCCGGCGGGACUAGCCGCAUUGUCAACCACAACAAUGCCCGCCUGGCCGAAGUGUGGCUUGACGAGUGGAAGGACUUUUACUUUGCUAUCAACCCAGCGGCCAAAAAUGUCGACAAAGGAGACCUUUCGUACCGAAGACAACUCCGAACCAAGCUUAAGUGCAACACUUUCAGGUGGUACUUGGAGAACAUUUAUCCAGAGUCACACAUGCCCCUCGAUUACUAUCACCUUGGUGAGAUCAAGCAUGCCGAUACCUCGGACUGCCUUGACACCUUUGGACGCAAGAGCGGCGAGAAUGUGGCCGUGAGCAAGUGCCAUGGCAUGGGCGGUAACCAGGUGUUUGCCUACACCAAACGGCAGCAGAUCAUGUCUGACGACAACUGCCUGGACGCCUCUUCUCCCCGGGGUCCUGUCAAGCUCCUGCGCUGCCACGGCAUGGGUGGCAACCAGCUAUGGAUCUACAAUAAGGAGGAGCAGUCGUUCAAGCACGUCAACACGGCACGCUGCCUCGACCAACCCGAGGCCAAGGAUCCUUCUCUCCCCGUUCUGAGGGAGUGUGACGGCCGGUCUUCGCAGCGGUGGGUCAUGCAGGGGAAGUUCAAGUGGCAGGCAUCUUAGGUGUCAAGCAGCAGGGCUUUUUCCCUCGUCAUGACCAGCCGCAAGCAGCAUUCACACAGCAUACCGAACAAGCAAGCAAGCGAGCAAGCAGCCCUUUAUCUUCUCUUGGAUGGGAAGACCAGGAAGUGAGCUUCACGCAGCAGCUGCAGGACUCAGCUGCUGCUACUGCCGCUGGCACCUCUCUGUGGCGAGGAAAACCUCAUUGACUGGUGCUCACGUGCCUUUGCUAAACUUGCACAAGAAGUAGUUGCCCAAUGUGCGUGCUGUGCGUCUGCUUGCUGCCCUGUGGGUUGCAGUACGUGCCUGCGCCUCGGAAACGGUUAAAGUGAGAAGACAAAAAUGAAUGCAAAGAUGCACUGUGGAGCGUCGGAAGGUUGCACUGCUAUUAGGGGUAUACCUUGUGUGUCAAAGCUUUUCUGUAGCACACAUUUCUGCAUUGUGCUUGGAACACGAUAUGAACUGCUGAAUUGUGCGGUACUUCGGAGAUGGCGGUUGUACUGAAGUUAUUGCUUGCGACCUUCUCUCAUUCACUUCACUAUGACCGGUUGCUGACUGCAACCAUCAUCCAUGCAAAUAACGACGUGCUUAUAUGUGGCCCAAACAGCAGUUCCUUUUUUUUUCCGUUUUCUCUUUCAUGGUGUGCAUUACUGGUGCAUACCGAGCAGUAACAUUAGUUGGUGCUCCCAAAUGCUUUUCUGUGAAUGUUCUUGGAGAAUUCAGGCACGUGAAUUCCAGCUUGGUUUGUUGCCUCCUGGUACAGGCGAAGGUGGCUUAAGAGCCGGUGUGGUGUAGGUGUACCCUCGUCGCUAGGCUCUUACAGCGCAUAAGCUGCCAUCGCUUUGUAGAACUCCACUUGUGCUGUGAUUUGCUUUUUUCAGCAAAGACUGCCUCUCUUCUCGGGACUGGUACAUAGCGAUUGUGUGAUCUGUGGUGCGGAUACCAAUAGCCACAUUCUUUCCGAGACUGCUGUGUGCAACCCUGGAGCAGGGAAGCAAUGCGUGUUUUGCGCAGCAGUGUUCCUAUUCUUUCCAUCUUUUAGUCCUGUUCUUUCACUUUUUGUCAUUCCCUCUGACUGCAAACAAGUAUGCUGUUCGCUAAGUGCUUGCAGACAUUGCGACUUGAAUUCAAACGGGCCAAGUUCAUUUUAUGUGCAUCACUGGGGUUGUGGAUGUGUGUGUGUGCGUCUCUACCUUUUUUGUGAUCCCCUGGAGGCUGACUUGAAUGAGAACACGAUAUGGUAGUUGCGCACCUUCCCAUGCACGGGUGAUAUUCAUUCCAAGCGGGAAUCAAGCGAGGAUGCAACCAAACAUAUUGUUAGUGAUCACCAGUGCUGCGCCACUGUCGUGGUCGAGUUGCGUGUGUUACAAUGUAUUGUUACGACAAAUCGUGUCACUGUUUUUUCACUAUUAUUAUUAUUACCCUUAUUUUCUUCUUUCUCAUUGUAGGCUCAAGGGUAGUUUCCUGUUAUCGAUUGCUAAAUUGUUGUUGAAACUCCUUUCUGUGUAAAUUGGCGGAAAGAACGAAGAGUUUGCAUUUUAUUGUCUUCCAAAAUCAGACUGAGGCUUCACUGCAAAGCCUCUGCCACUAGCUGCUCCUGCCUUGUCCCCCUUCCUUGAAGCAAAAUUAUCUUCCUUUGAGCUGGUGAACUGACCAUAAAUUCAUUAGUUAAGAAGUGUUGCAAUACUUGUGAAAGGUGAGUGUGUUAUGACAGCUCGGUUCCUAAAAUUAAAAUUUCAACGGUAUGUUUUUGACCAGCA